UGACAGUUCCAAUGGGUAUGCUAGUCAAAAAUUUUUUGGCUAUAAAAUCGUGGACAAAUUGAAAUUUUGUAGUUAAUUGUCAACGUAAUUCAAAGCUGAACACAAUGAAAUUCACAAUUUUUGUUUUGGUAGCCGUUUUGGGCUUGGUCGCGGUCAAUGCCAAUGCCGUUGGCUUUGAGGACCCCUAUCCCAAAAUGGAAUAUGUUCCCACGGAUCUCGCCAGCGGCGAGGUCGAUGUUGAAAACUUCACCAUUUUCAGCUCCUUCUGGUGGAUUGCCAGAGCCGCCUUGAAAACCUUGAAGGGUGUCAACUGCACCAUCAAACAGGUUAUGGCCAUCCGCGAUGCUGCCCAAAACUUCUUGCCCAGCCUUCAAGCCUGUGGUACUGAUGCCGUCAAUGCCUAUAAGAAUGUCAUCACCUCGGCCCAAGCUGUUGUCCAGACCUGUAACACCAUCAUCAACAUCAACGAAGAAGUUUGCAACAAUGAUGUUUCCACCGAUGGGAAAACCUCUACCCCCUCCACCUGCUUCAAACAACUGUUGAGCCAAUUGGUCACCUUGAACAAACAGAUCAAGGCCACUAAGACUGCCAUUAAGAAGGUUCCCGCCGUACCCUCCGAUGCUGCCGAUUGCGCCAACAAUGCUGUCAACGAUUUGACCUCGCCCAUGACCAAUUUCGCUUCCAACAUUAAGGCUUGCUCCAAAUUGACCAGCAACUAAGUGGUGUAUUUUUUGGAUUUGUGAAAAUAUAUGUAAUUGAAAUAUAAA